GAUCCUGGGGAGAAUGGAGGAGCACAGGCAGGCAGGCUCGGCACCAGAGCUGGGGGCCCAGAGGGCUCUGAUCAGCAAUCCUGCUGACAUCCUAGUCAUCGCUGCAUAUUUCCUGCUGGUCAUCGGCGUUGGCUUGUGGUCCAUGUGCAGAACCAACAGAGGCACCGUGGGCGGCUACUUCCUGGCUGGACGCAGCAUGGUGUGGUGGCCGGUUGGGGCCUCUCUCUUCGCCAGCAACAUCGGCAGUGGCCACUUUGUGGGCCUGGCAGGGACUGGCGCUGCAAGCGGCUUGGCUGUGGCUGGAUUCGAGUGGAAUGCGCUUUUCGUGGUGCUGCUACUGGGCUGGCUCUUUGCGCCUGUUUACCUGACGGCGGGGGUCAUCACGAUGCCACAGUACCUGCGCAAGCGCUUCGGCGGCCGCCGCAUCCGCCUCUACCUGUCUGUGCUUUCCCUUUUCCUGUACAUCUUCACCAAGAUCUCGGUGGACAUGUUCUCUGGAGCUGUAUUCAUCCAGCAGGCUCUGGGCUGGAACAUCUACGCCUCCGUCAUCGCACUUCUGGGCAUCACCAUGAUUUACACGGUGACAGGAGGGCUGGCUGCGCUGAUGUACACGGACACGGUGCAGACCUUCGUCAUCCUAGGGGGCGCCUGCAUCCUCAUGGGUUACGCCUUCCAUGAGGUGGGCGGGUAUUCGGGUCUCUUCAACAAAUACCUGGGAGCAGCGACUUCGCUGACGGUGUCCGAGGAUCCGGCUGUGGGAAACAUCUCCAGCUCCUGCUAUCGACCCCGGCCCGACUCCUACCACCUGCUCCGGCACCCUGUGACGGGGGACCUGCCGUGGCCCGCGCUGCUCCUGGGGCUCACGAUCGUCUCGGGCUGGUACUGGUGCAGCGACCAGGUCAUCGUGCAGCGCUGCCUGGCCGGGAAGAGCCUGACCCACAUCAAGGCGGGCUGCAUUCUGUGCGGGUACCUGAAGCUGACGCCCAUGUUCCUCAUGGUCAUGCCAGGCAUGAUCAGCCGCGUUCUGUACCCAGACGAGGUGGCGUGCGUGGUGCCCGAGGUGUGCAGGCGCGUGUGCGGCACGGAGGUGGGCUGCUCCAACAUCGCCUACCCGCGGCUCGUCGUGAAGCUCAUGCCCAGAGGUCUGCGCGGGCUCAUGCUGGCGGUCAUGCUGGCCGCGCUCAUGUCCUCGCUGGCCUCCAUCUUCAACAGCAGCAGCACGCUCUUCACCAUGGACAUCUACACGCGCCUGCGGCCCCGCGCCGGCAACCGCGAGCUGCUGCUGGUGGGACGGCUCUGGGUGGUGUUCAUCGUGGUAGUGUCGGUGGCCUGGCUUCCCGUGGUGCAGGCGGCGCAGGGCGGGCAGCUCUUCGAUUACAUCCAGGCGGUCUCCAGCUACCUGGCACCUCCCGUGUCUGCAGUCUUCGUGCUGGCGCUCUUCGUGCCGCGCGUUAAUGAGCAGGGCGCCUUCUGGGGACUCAUCGGGGGCCUGCUGAUGGGCCUGGCACGCCUGAUCCCCGAGUUCUCCUUCGGCUCCGGAAGCUGCGUCCAGCCCUCUGCCUGCCCGGGUUUCCUCUGCGGCGUGCACUACCUCUACUUCGCCAUCGUUCUGUUCCUCUGCUCUGGCCUCCUCACCCUCACGGUCUCGCUGUGCACCGCGCCCAUACCCCGCAAGCACCUCCACCGCCUGGUCUUCAGUCUCCGGCACAGCAAGGAGGAACGGGAGGACCUCGAUGCUGAUGAGCAGGAGAGCUCCUCACUCCCUGUACAGAAUGGGUGCCCAGAGCCUGCCAUGGAGAUGGAUGAGUCCCAGGCCCCAGCACCUAGCCUCUUCCGCCAGUGCCUGCUCUGGUUUUGUGGAAUGAGCAGGGGUGGGGAGGGCAGUCCUCCGCCCCCUACCCAGCAGGAGGCAGUGGCAGCAGCCAGGCAGCUGGAGGACAUCAGCGAGGACCCAAGCUGGGCCCGUGUGGUCAACCUCAACGCCCUGCUCAUGAUGGCAGUGGCUGUGUUCCUCUGGGGUUUCUAUGCCUAAAGCCAACUGUAUUGGACACCAUAAGCCACAGCCCCACAGGAAGUGGGGGUGAGGAGCCUGCUCUGCUCCCCAGAAAAGGGACAGGGGCAGUGGGGUAAGAAGGUCCUGGCUCCCCUUCUCUCGGCCUUCCUCUGCCUGGGGCCCACUGCAUCUGAAUGACAGUCACUUCCCAUGCGGGCCUGGCCCACCUCCUACUGCAGUUGCCCUAAGGAAAAAUAAAGCUGCCUUUCCCUCCC